UGGAUGAACGUCACUUACAAUGGUUGGGGAGCUGGGGAGCCUGCUGCAGUUCCACGCUCCAUUUCUCCUCCAUGCUGCCUUUAAAGUAGUCGUGUAAUAUUAAUAGUCAUGAAUAUCAAUUAUUAUGAGGCGGUGUAGAGAGGCAGAGGGAAGGGGCUUCUGAACAGUCUGAGCCUUGCCUUGGGUAGAAGAGGAUUAAACCUGCAGCUCACAAACACACACAGAGAACAAUAUAUACAUAUAUAUAUUUCCUAUUUUGGGGGCAUUUCUUGAUGGAUAGUCUUGGAACCAUCUCAAGCAGUGUUUCAGUGUGUUUAUUCUACAAGAGCCCAUUUUAUUUCAUUUAACUGUUUGCAAGAACCUCGCCUUUUGCCCAGAUGUUAGUCCACACCUAUUCAGCUAUGGACCGCCAUGACGGUGUGCCCAGUCACAGUUCAAGGCUGUCCCAAUUGGGCUCAGUCUCUCAAGGACCCUAUUCAAGUGCCCCUCCGUUGUCACAUACCCCUUCCUCGGACUUUCAGCCACCUUACUUCCCACCACCAUACCAACCUCUACCAUACCACCAAACACAGGACCCCUAUUCUCAUGUCAACGAUCCAUACUCCCUAAACCCUCUACACCAGCCCCAGCAGCACCCCUGGGGACAAAGGCAAAGGCAAGAUGUUGGCUCGGACACUGGAUCCCUCUUGCCCCAACCCAGAGCUUCAUUGCCCCAGCUCUCUGGACUUGAUCCUAGAAGGGACUACCACUCAGUGAGGAGGCCCGAUGUUCUCCUCCACUCAGCUCACCAUGGUCUGGAUUCUGGCAUGGGGGAUGGCCUGUCUCUACAUGGGAUAGGCCCCCCAGGAAUGGAAGAUGUCCAGCACUGGUAUUUUUUGUCUCCACAGUCAGUUGAAGAUGCCAAUAACGCUAUGAAUAUAUUGGAUCAGUCAGUUAUUAAGAAAGUUCCAGUCCCACCGAAAUCUGUGACCUCUCUUAUGAUGAAUAAGGAUGGUUUUUUGGGAGGUAUGUCUGUGAAUGCAGGAGAGGUGUUCUGCUCAGUACCUGGUCGCCUGUCCCUGCUCAGCUCCACAUCUAAGUACAAAGUGACAGUGGGGGAGGUCCAGAGACGUCUGUCCCCACCAGAGUGUCUGAAUGCCUCCUUGCUUGGUGGUGUACUCAGAAGAGCAAAAUCGAAAAAUGGGGGGAGAUCUUUACGAGAGAGGUUAGAGAAAAUCGGCUUGAAUUUGCCCGCAGGCAGGCGUAAGGCAGCCAACGUUACGCUACUAACCUCACUGGUGGAAGGUGAAGCUGUCCAUUUAGCUCGGGAUUUUGGAUAUAUUUGUGAAACCGAAUUUCCAGCUAAGGCAGUGUCAGAAUAUCUCAACAGACAACACACAGACCCCACUGAUCUGCACUCCAGAAAGAACAUGCUCCUGGCUACCAAGCAGCUUUGUAAAGAGUUCACAGACCUCUUGGCUCAAGACAGAACUCCCAUAGGUAACAGCAGGCCCAGUCCAAUUUUGGAACCUGGGAUCCAGAGCUGCUUGACUCACUUCAGUCUUAUCACCCAUGGCUUUGGAUCUCCAGCCAUCUGUGCUGCUCUGACAGCUCUCCAAAACUACCUUACUGAGGCCCUCAAAGGAAUGGACAAGAUGUUUUUGAACAACAACGGCACUAACAGGCAUACUUCUGGAGAAGGUCCAGGCAGUAAAAACGGGGACAAGGAAGAAAAACACCGAAAAUGAAAGCAGAAAUUACAAAUACUGAAACACCUUUCAUUUUAGCUUUAAUAUGUUGGACUGGCUUUGGAAAAAAUACAACUAUAUAUAGAUAUAUAUCAGAUUGAGCCCCAUCAGAGAACCAACCUUUGAUCCAACUGCACAGAGACAAACCAGGCUCAUUAUCUGAGGACCAGGACGCUUGCAAUCCAACUCCCUUUGUAAUAUCUUAAUUUUUAACAAAAAAACAUCACACUUUCUAAGAGACCCUAAGAAGAACAAUCACCUAUUGGAGAAAUACUGGAGGAACAUUUUUGAUUCUUUGGUUCCUGAGAUGCACGUUUAUCAUAUAAAGAGCUUUCUUCAGAAUCAUAACAAAAAAAAUGGAAUUUGAUCAUUUGCUGUGGAACAUUCAGAUACCUUGUUGCCAUCUCACCAGUGUGUUGAAAUUUUUGCCAAUCAUUUCCACAUGUAGAGUUUUUAACUGUGGACUAACUAUUGCAGAUGAGGCUAUGUGUGAUGAUGAUGACACUGGUAUCAGGAAGCCCUCAAUGUGUCAUCCAUUAUUCUAUUACCCAACAAGAGGAUGUUUUUAUUUUAUUUUUUAUCUCUUGAUUGUUUUUCAUACUGUUCUGGACAUUAUUUGUUGUAAUAUAUGUGGUUUGACAAUUCACUGUAAAACAUGUUGCCAAGUGUUUGUACCCCUUGGUUAAAGGUCCCCCAUAUAAGUAAUAGAAUUUAUGUUGAUUUAUACUUUCCUACUUUUAUUUUUUUUAUUUUUUUAUUUCUGUAUUAUUUUGUUUCAGGCAUUUAGCAGUGCUAGCCUGGAAUGGAUAUACAACAUUCAAUAUGUGUCCUUGUUCACCAAGGAUGUUGUUCUGUAACUGUUAUAUUAGUAGUAUUAUACAACCCUCUUUUCUCUUUAAAUGCCAUUGGAUAAUACAAUAAAACACAUACCUUAACAAUUUAAUUCAGCCAGCACAAAAAAUAAAAUAAAAAAUAAAAUCAAUAAUUUGGCUCAGGAAAUCACACAAAAGCAAUUAAAUAUAUGAAUUUACUGUAUUUGCUAUGUAUACAAUAAAACUGGUCAUACACGUUACGUCUACGUUUUCCUCUUCAGAAGGGGGGCGUUUAAAGGAUUAAUCAUCGACUGAUAUGGAUAGCUUUUUCAGAGCAACAUGUUAUCUAAAUGGAAAACUAAAAAAAAAAAAUCAACCCUCCCAUAAAAAAAAAAUAGGUAUGACCACUUUAAAUGAUUUUACAAUACCAUACCACUAAUUAUUGGAGAGGGGAAGACAACCUCUCUCCAUAUUUCAAACCCCUUAGAUAUAUAUACAUUUUAAGAGCACUUUUAACCCCUUCACGAGGUAGAAAAAAAUAUAUUUAUAUUAAGGCAGUACUAUAAAGUUAAAUCAGCUCACAUAAACAUUAGUAAUAACUGC